UAACCUCAAUUUCAAGUUCAGGUGACAGUUUUUAUAGAAAGUUUUGUGUGGUCUGGUUUUGCGAUUUAUUUAUUGUUUUGAUAAAUUUUGUGUGAAAUGGACGACGAUGAUUUGAAGAAGUUAAUUGACCUAAAGACUACAGAUGAUAUAAUUACCAAAUUUUCUAACUGCCACAUCUUAAGAGAUCAUCAAUUCGUCAAAGAUGAUCUUUAUGUUAGAAAGGGCAAAAUUUUGAAUUCACUUGAUCUAUUUUACAAAGAAAAGCAUUCCCCACAUUUAGUUGUAGACUGCAAAGGAAACUACAUCGCACCUGGAUUGAUCGAUUUACAAAUAAACGGUGGAUUUGGUUACGAUUUUUCAUAUCAUGGGCAUACAGAAGAAGCUGUGAAAGUUGUAUCAAAAAAGUUGUUGCAACAUGGUGUCACUGGUUACUGUCCAACAGUGGUAACAUCGCCUGCAUAUGUUUACCAUGAUAUUUUGACAAAGAUACCGAAAACCAAAGGAGGCAAAGAUGGUGCUGCUGUUUUAGGCAUACAUGCCGAAGGACCCUUUAUGAACAAAGAAAAGAAAGGAGCGCAUCCUGAAAAAUACAUAUUGCCACAUAAAGGGUCUUUGAAACAAGUUAAAGAAACAUAUGGUGAAGGAUAUGAAAACAUUACCAUCAUUACUCUGGCUCCAGAAUUUAGUAGAUCAGAUGCCAUCAUAAAGAAAUUGAAAAUGGACAAUAAAAUUGUAUCAUUAGGACAUUCCAUGGCAAAUUUGGCUCAAGGCGAAAGUGCUGUUAAAAAUGGCGCAAGUCUCAUUACUCAUUUAUUCAAUGCGAUGUUGCCGUUUCAUCAUCGAGAUCCCGGACUAGUUGGCCUUUUAACAUCCGAUCAAUUUCCUAGUAAAGACUUAUUCUUUGGCAUCAUAUCAGACGGAAUACACACACAUCCCUCGGCUCUGAGGAUAGCUUAUAAGGUACAUCCUGAUGGUUUGGUGUUAGUAACGGAUGCCUUAUCGGCAUUGGGUUUGAAGGAUGGGCGACAUAAAAUCGGACAGAUGGACGUAGAAAUAAGGAGCGGCAUGGCUUUUGUAGCAGGUACUAACACUCUUUGUGGAAGCGUUGCCAGUAUGAUUGAAUGCGUCAGGUUUUUCAUCAAUGCUACAGGUUGCCCAUGGGAAUAUGCUUUAGAAGCAGCCAGCUUACACCCGGCUAAAGUUUUAGGAAUAGACGAUAGAAAAGGACGCCUAAACGCAGGCGCAGAUGCUGAUUUUAUUGUACUAGAUAGCCAUUUGCAAUUACGAUCUACGUGGAUAGCCGGGGAAAAAGUUUACGACACCCUACGACCAGAUUACCAUUAAAGAUGUUUUAACAAAUUCAGUGUAUAGGAGUUCACAAACGUAAACUACUUAAUGUUGAAUGUGUGCGGAGUGUGUUGGUCUAAAAUCUUUACUUUAUACAAUUUUAUAUAAAAGCAUAUAGACGAAAAAAAAAAAUAAUAAAACAUAUAAUUUUUUCUAAUCUACUUUGUAAAAGUCGCAUCAUCACGUCAUUGAUUUAUGAUUUUAAAAAGUUGUGAUUCGUAAUUGGGAAAAGCUUGAAUAAUCGAAACAUUUAAAAUUGACUUCCGAGAAUAGUUUCUGCACUCCAGAUGUGUCUCUCUCUCUUUCUGUCCCUCCUAUGGCGCUACAGCUUAAGCCAGGUCAUGGCCUCCCCUUCCAAAUAUCUCUGACCCUAUCUGUUCUCCUUCAGUUGUCCGCCUUAAAAAUAUCUCUUUAGUAGUCCACUAUAGUUCUACUAGGUGUUCUGUCAUUAUCCAUUCUUAAGCACAAUCAAACAAUUAUUACAGACGUUUUUCUUAUAAGAUAAUUCAUACAUAUUUUACACAGAGUCGGAGCCAGCCCAUCACUCUGUUUUAGCCCCGGUAGUAGUGAUGUUGAUUAUAGUUACUUUCGAGUAAUCGUUACAAAUCGUUACUUUUGUAUAAAGUAAUCAUUUACAGUAUUCGUUACUUUGAUUACUUUUGUAUUUGAGUACCGGUAAUGAUAUCGAGAAUCGUAUUUCUCAGUAGGUAGGUUUUAUUUUUAUUUUCAUUCUGUGAAUUAUCUACUAUCUAAUCUACAUCGGCAAAUCGCGUAGAUCUAGAUAAAAAAAUAGUAUAUAUAUUUUACGUAUACCAUUAUACCUCCCUCUGUUUCAUCUUCUACAUUCUCCUCACACUCACACCCUUAAAACGCUUCAUACCGAUAACGAUAUUCGAUAACACUCGUAAAAUACCGGUCCCGUCCGUUACUCGCUGGGAUACGAUUGGUAGAAAGCAGUGGCGGCUCGUACCACUUUAAGAAGGUAGUGCCACAACUCGGGCAGCCGCCAAAAUUUUUAGUGACGGAUUCACGAUAUUGUCAAAAAAAGGUAUACUGACAACAAAAACUAAAAAAAAUAUGCGCGGAUACUUUUAUCUUAUGUACAUAUCUUAAGUUUAUUGAUCUGAGGUGCCAAGCAAUUGUCCAACAUUGAUCAAAACAGUUCCGUAAAUUAAUUAAUAAUAAAAACCUCUUAAC